AUGGAGGCUCAGGGCCCGAGCCAAAAGCCAGGGUUCCCUCUUAAUCUCGAAACUGAAGUGUCUGGACCUCUUAACACCAUCAUGGACCAGAGUACUCCUCUUACAAAACUUGAGGAAGAUUAUAAUGAUCUCUUGGGCAGGAUCCCGAAGUUUCCUGCUUUUUCUGAUCUCCCAAUUGGCUCUGAAUUCCAAGACAAACCUCAAAACCACCCAGUUCCCAUGCAGUCCAACACUACACCAGAAGACUGGACUCUAGGGGAGAUCUUCGGGGCUCAGCAAGAGAAUUAUAAUGCGUUCCUUGACAAUUAUCGUGUUGUUUCUUCGGAAGAAAGAUCAAACCUAGCUCAAGUGGUACAGACUGAGGUACAGAACGGUAUGGAUCGGGUAUUCAACUACGUCAAGAGCUUCAUUCCUCAGCCAGCUCAGGCUUCAACUACCUCGACAACCACAGAACUUCGCGCUCAGCUGAAGAAGGAGAAAAAUUACGUACAGAAGCUCUCUGGUGAUUACAAUAACCUACUUCAGCACUCCCAUAAACAAAAGCAAGAUCUCGAGAAAGUAAACGCCAGACUUGAUGGUGUCCUUCGUGAGAGAGACCAGCUACGCCAGCUUCUGGAGGGCGGUUCUCUGGCAAACUCUGACAAAGCAACCGAUGAUUCAAUUCGAGGCAAAUGGAAGGAGCUCGCUUACAAUAUUCGCUGUCUGGCUCGCCACCUGGCCCACGAUCCGCCUCGGCAGCAACUUGACGACAUCGCUAGAGAACGGCUACGAUUUAUCGCCGGAGACUGUUACACACUUCUCAAAGAUGAAGAUUACCGGGAGCUUAUUAUUAUGAGCUACCUAUGGGUCACUGUCCAAGACGACGUGUUCGACGCCAGACAGAUCAUUUGGGGUGGGCCUGAUUUGAAGUCAUUCAAGGCUGUUCGUGAUCGCAUUAUCUCUCGUGUUGGAGGUGGGAUUAAUAUUCCCAACUGUGAUGACCCCAUCGCUCAUGCUGCACGGUGGUUGGCCCAAGGCUCGGUAAUGAUGUGCAACCUUUGGGAGAGAGAUGAUCGCGGCAUCAGACGUCUCGUACUCGCAGAAGCCAAGCGUCUAAAGCCAUUUCAUCCAACUCACCAGUCAACGGCAGACAGAUGUGAUAGGAAGGUUGUUGAUCAACUAAGAGAGAUUCUGGGCUCAGCAAUCGAACUUGACCAGAUGAUGAUGCGCUCCAAAGCAAUUUUUCAAAUUCACUGGCGAGAUGAAUCCCAGAGUCCGAGUACUGCUGAGAUGUGGAAUGAAGAUGUCAUGGAUUCAGAAGCCUCUACGAAGAUCUUGUCCCCUAAAAGUCGUGUCAUAUUCUUCAUCUCACCAAUUGUCUACAAGGCUGGCACCGCUGAUGGACAAAGGUACAAUUCUCGGAUGGUGUUGGCCAAGGCUUCUGUCGUCUGCAACUGA